AUGGAAAACGAUUUGCGUGAGAUCCUUCGCGAAAAAGCUGAUAAACACCGUGAGUACUACAGUUCCAUCGUAGGUAGCGAUAAUACCGACGUUAACUCGGGUAUUGAACAAGAGAUGGCGCGGCAGGUACUAGACUCUUCUGAUGAGAAUUACACGCCUAAUUCAUCAACAACACGCAAUAUGAUAUUAGAAGUAUUAGAAAUGAAUGACGAUGGUAUUUUGUUACCGAAUUCAGGUAAUAUUGGGUCUGUGGAUAAAAAAACGCGCACCAGACGUCGGGGUGUGUACGAAAUUGGAGGCACGAUUUCGGAAUUGGCAGAAUUUAAAAGUGUUAAAGUGUUAAGGGAAAAUUAUUUAGCUAUGUUAGAAAAAACUUCUAAUCAGCUUAAUGAAAAAUCCAAUCAGGGUGAUAAACCGUUAGGUAGUUCGGAAACGUCUGAAAAUUUAGUGAAAAAUUCGGAGAGUUUAGAAAAAGUGGUGGAAAAAUUAGAAAUGUUAACGAAAACAGGUGAAUUGUUGGUACCGCCAUCUAGCGGGUAUGGUUCGGGUAAUAGUGACGACGAAACAGACAAAAAUUGGAGUAAUCCAGAAAGGAGGAGUGGUAAUUCUGAUUCAGCUGUUCAUAGUGAUGAUGAAGGACCAAUAACAUCGAAUUGGGGAGAGAAGAAAGAACAGAUUUCCAAUGAAGGUUGUCAAUCAAGAAGUCCAUAUAGCCCUAGAUGCUCCGUAGAUCAUUCGAAUGUGCCCAGCAGAACUAUAAUAGAAGCACAUUAUGUACCUUUUCCCGUAGAUCGAAAGUUUAGUGUCGAUAUUGUCAGUGAACAUACUUCCGAUACGUUUGAAGACAGUAGACGUCACAGCUGUUUUAGUGAAGGUGAAGAUCAACCGCGGUAUCGCUUUUGGCGCACUCCUUCGGUAGUGGUUAGCGAUUAUUCGGACGACAUCAUGGGUCUUACCUUGGAAGACAUCGAGUAUAUUCGUAGCCGCAGGGAGAACUCGAUAUCGCCGGAUUCGAGUUUGCACAGCUCGUGCAGUAAUUUAAACUAUUGCGGGUCGAGUUUAAGCGGUUUGGAAAGUGACUACAUUUUGUGUCAACCGUAUAGGAAGAAUUCUAUUUGUUCUACGUGUUCUACGUUAAGCGACGAUGAGGAUGGGGAGUCUUUGCAUCAUAAAAAAGAGAAAACACACUUUACCCAACUCGUUCUCCUUCAAGAACACCCUCUCCCACCUCCGACACCUCGCCGCGACUUAGUAGAAGAGGCACCAACCAUCGAAGGAGCACUAGUCCAUCCAGUCCCAAUUCGGGAUCCAGGAGGGGGUCAGCGACGGGAUAUGAGCAGUACCAGAAGAGUUUGUUGGAAGUGCCCAUUUGUGUGGAUUAUGGUGACCCUUCCAGCGAUGAUUUAA